AUGUCUGAUCAAGAGGAAGAGUUUACUAUUGAAAAUACGGUUAAGCCAGAAGAAUAUGAGGAGGUUAUUGACACUGUCAAUAUUCCAGCACCCUCAGAAGAACGUUCAGAGUUAGAUGUAAGUGAAGAGCAUGAAUCUGAACUAGAACUCAGUGAGCAAAGUGACAUCAGCAUUUUAAGCCUUGAAUUGAACGAGGAAAGAAGACGCCUGGAAGAGGCUGUGUCUCCCAGAAAAUCCUUGCCUGUUUCAGGGUAUUCACCGCAGCCCAACGUGGAGUUCACCCAACAGGAUUCAAAUGAGGAAACUCUGGCAUUUCUGAAUAAAAUAAAGGCUAUGAAGGAGUCUUUGCAAACAUCAGUGAGAGAAUCUUCAGCAACAGUAAGAGUUGUACUUAUUCCUGUGGGCCAGGAAAUUAUAAUGCCUUUUAAAGUUGACACUAUUUUUAAACACCUCAAGGAUCACUUUUCACACUUGUUACAUAUCCCACCUUCUGUACUGCAGAUAAGUUACAAAGGAAUAAUUUUUAAAAAUAAUGAGACUUUAAUACAACAUGGAGUUAAGCCACAGGAAAUUAUACAACUGGAACUCUUUUCUACAAAUCCAGAUCAAUAUCCGAUCAAAAGGAUAGAGGGAUUAAAUGAUGUCUCUCAAAUCCUAACUGUCACUGUACAAAUUGGCAUUAAUCAGUACCAGGUGGUAACUGUUGAGAUUAUAAAGUCUGAUUUUCAUAAGCCAUUUCUUGGUGGAUUUAAGCAUAAAAUAACAGGAAUAGAAUAUCACAAUGCUGGAACCCAAACUGUACCUAAAUAUAUCCGAGGGGGAAAAAAAACAUUUUCCAGGGACACCCAGACAGUUUCUCAGAGAAAAAAGCUCCAACAAACUACAAAUACAACAUCCACACAAAUGUCUAAAAUUGGUGUGUAUGUAUCAAAUAUAACUGAUAAACUGUUAAAACCAGGGGAUUAUUUUUCAGCAGCAAAAUACCAUGCUCGAAGAUUCAAUGCGGCGAUAGUAAUACAGACUCGCUACAGGCAAUGGCAUGCUAAAGUCUUUGUAAGGGAACUAAAAGAACAGAAAAAGUUGAGGUUGGAGUGGGAAGCCCAAGAAGAACUACGGAAAAUAAAAGAAAAAGAAGAAUGGACACAAUUGGACUAUCACCGGAGGCAUAAUCCUAAAGCAAAUGAAGACUUUGAACUUCUUUAUAAUGCACUAAACUUCUGGCACCAAGAAGAACUUUCUCGGAUUAACCAGUGUCUCACUGGAGCUGAAAGGAAGGCUGCUUUGUGUGAACUUUUGGAAAAAGAGACCCAGAUAAUUGCUUCCAUUGGGAGACACAGAUCCAUUGCUUAUUUGGAAAGAGAGGAAUCAGAAAAACAAGCUUUUUUGAAUAAGUGUUCAGCUCCAAAGAUAUGGAGAAGAUCUGAUGGCAAAACAGUUGAGAUGGAUACCCAGUUCACCAUCAGAGCCAGAGAACUGCAGAACAUCUAUAAGUGCAUUAUACUGAGGAAUCUCUCUCAAGAUGAGAGAGUGGAUAUACUCUUAACACUUAAACAUACUGUGAAGGAACAUGAAUGUAAACUGACCCAGGAAAUCCUAGAACUGAUUGAUAGAGAAGUUGACCUUAUGAUGAGAGGAGUCAAACCUUAUAACCUAGAAGGACUCAGAAAAAGAAUCGCAACACUCUUUUUUCAAUAUAUUAAAACACCUCUGUUUAAUCCUGAAGUGGCAAGAUUCUUGAAGGUCCCUCAAGACCCACUGAAAUUUUACAAGAAGGUUUACUUUUGCCGCAGUUGCCAGCUCUAUUUGCCUUCCACGGAAUUUGCCAUCUCAUCCACUUCGAAGCACAUAUACAGAUGUCGCCACUGCACUAACCUCCAGAAUGAGGCUAAACAACGAGAAGCAUUUUUGAAGUACAAGUGUUUACUUCAGCGGCUAUACUCUUCAGAGGCUGAUUACGAAGAUGACUCUCAAAUUGCUUUCUUGAUGCAGCUACAGGAUAUUCAGUACUUGAUGGAAAACAUCUGGGCCUCACAGUCGGUUCUCAGCGCCUGGGACGAUAUCAAUGAUCUGGUGCUGGUCAGAUGGGAUAAAAACCUAGAGUGGUCUCCCUGGAACUGCAUUCUUCUCACCAAAGAUGAAGCAGUUGCUCAUCUUAAGCUGACAAAUAUUGAAGAGGAAUAUGGACAAGUAUUUAUCCACAAGAUCAAACACAAACAUAUACUGGCUAAGAACUACUUUUCUCAGAUUCCAGCAUUGGCUUCCUAUAUACUUGAUCGUGGAGAAUUUAAUGAGAUCAGAAAAAAAUAUUAUACUGAUACAUCACCUAAAAUUAUAAAAGUCAAUGGGCCUCAUUCUUAGAGGAUCCAGAAAUACUUGUUUGAUGACAAACCUUUUCAUCCACUGCUAAGAGAGUAAUACAGUAGUUGCAUGAUAUGGAAAUGGAAUUUUAUCUUUUUAUUAAUUUUAAUCAUAUUUUGUUUUUCAUAGUAUGAUAAAUUGUGUGAAGAGAAAACAUCUCUAUAAAUGUUUCUUUGUUAGGCAUUUAAAGUUUUAAACUGAACUGUGAUUUCGUUACUGAAAUGUAUAGUUUAAAGAGAACCUUUAGUUUUAAAUUUUUUUCACGCUAAAUUUAAAAAAAAUGUAAAUGCUUUAUAGUUAAAAUACAACAUCCAAACAAAAACAAGGCCUGACAUUUAAUGCAAAUAAUCUAUUUAAGACAAAAUAUAAUUAUAGGAGAGUAGUCAGAGAAUUCUCUUUCUUGAAACUCUAUAAGUAGGAUGAAAGACUGUAUUUCAAUAAGGGAAUUCUAUCUUUGUCUUUUAAUAUCUACUUUUAUCUUCUUUCUUAAAAUCCCAGUAAAGAAAACUAAAACUAUUUGUAAACACAGACACAAGAACCUGCAUUUAAUUUUGUAAACAAGGCAAAUAGUGGAGCUACUAUUUUAUGAGAAAAAUAACUCCCCAUGGGGCAA